CUCUUGGUUACAGCGUUCUUAUCAUCGCAUUGAAUCACUACAUCAAUUCAAUAGACAACACCACUUGAAGAAAAUCUACUACUACUCACCCUAACUACUGCAUCAUGGGCGAACACGAACCUAUUGUGUCGCACGGCCGGGGAGGCCAAGGAAACAUUGGCGCCGACUCCACCGAAUACGUCGACGGCGGCAUAGUCCGCGAAGGAGUCUACGGUGACCAAGGCGACGGCGCCUACUCAGCCGGCAGAGGCGGCGCCGGCAACAUCGGCUCCCCGCACGUGCGCCCGACAUCCAAGAUCCCACACGACGCGGAGAUAGUUCCCGAGUUGGCGAUUCGGCAGUCUGUUGAUGGGGAUUAUCAUACUGGGCGCGGCGGCCAAGGUAACGUGCACCUCGACGAAGAACAUAGGAAGGAAAAGGAGGAGAAGAAGCAUAAGGGGCCUGCACAUGAGGGGUUGGCUGAUAAGUUGAAGCAUAAGUUGUUUGGGAGGAAGUAGAUCAUCUUUUUCUUCUGCCACUCUUGGUAGAUGGUUGGUUGGUUGUUGAUGAGAUGGGAGGAGAUGAGGGUGAUGGGGUGGGGAAGGGUGUUCUAUUGUUAUUGUUGUUGCGCUUGAUUUGAGAUUCCCUGUUGCUUGUUUUGUUUCAUGCUGCUGAUUGCUAGAAGUAAUACAUCUUUCUUUGGUUUGGUUCUUCUAUGAUGUGGGUCUUUUUUUCUUUUCUUUCCUUUUGUCUCAAUGGGGCUGGCUUUUCCAUUUUACUGGAAGGUGUACUGACUGACUAGUACGAUUUGAUAUACAUGGGCCAUUACUGAGUAUCUAUUCAAUAUCGGACAGCAAGUAGGAAGGUAUUCAUCACCCUGAUCCAGUCACACUACCCUACCAUUACUCACAACUUCACCCGUAUCAAUCAACAUCAUACUGGCUAGUAUCUCAUGCACUGUCAUGGCAGAGAAAUAAAAGGUAAGGAGGAA